AUGACGACAAGAGGGGGUUACAUCCCGCUUCAAAUAUCGGACAGUGAUGUGCCGACACGGCCCCAGGGCGCUUCCCGGCCAUACGUGAAGCCAGUGAUUGUCGCGACCGCGACGGCCCUUGCUUUGCUGGUCCUGUUCGGAGUGUCGAGGUCGUUCUCGUCAUCUGGAGGAAGCCUGCAGCCUCCUCCCAACAUCAACCAAACCGACUACAACACUACGACGAAUGACAUCGCGUUCGUGCAAUCGGGGCACAUGCUCAACUGGCAGGCGAUCGCGCUGCUGUACACGCGCUAUUCGCACCCGGACGCGACGAUCCACCUGCUCCGGAAUCCGCUGGACGACAAGGUCGUGGACGAUGUCAAGGUCGAUUGGCCAUCGCUCUUCCGAGCCGCGGCGGUGAAGGUCGUUUGGGUCGAGGAGAAUACAGAUUCGCAUCGACAACUCGCGCGCACGUACAAGCACUCGUCGCUGAACCCGGUCGCCUACGAGCUGUUCUGCUUUCAGCGAUGGGCGACACUCCACCAAUACCUGAUCACACAGAAGAUAGACAGGUGCGUUUGAUGAAAAACAGAAACCGUGGAUGCUCGUUCCUAUCUUGCGUUUGCGCUGACCUUGUGCGUGCCACAAUUCGGAGUGUGCUCGUCUUGGACGCCGACCUCUUCCCCAUGAGCAACAUCCUUACACGCUUCCCUUACAAAGAUUGGCUCCCGGAAGAGCGAGGCGUGUACAUGUCACUCUGGUCGCGCGCAAGGAUGGGCGCGUUCGUUUAUUACAUCAACAGCUUCUACGAUCGACCAGCACGAUCCGUCUGCGCCGAUAUUGAUGCCAUCGGGGGCAUUUACGAUGUCCCGAUGUGGGAAGACCAAUGGGUCAAGAAGCAGCUCGUCGAUUGCGGCGAACAAAAACCCAAACAAAUCAGCGAUAUGUUCCUCUUCGUCGAGUUCCAACGCGUCUAUUCCAGCACGCCCGUCAUCAAGUACGAGCCUGUGAACCCGAAACUGCUCGCCACGGUCGUGCAACCGCGCGUCAUGGGUGACGAUGCGUGCCUCUCGCCCGAGAAAUUCCUGGCGCAUGCGAAAUGGAUGACGGACGAGACGCAGGACCGACGAUUGCGUAUCGAGGCGACUGAGGAGGUGCUGUGGGCGGUCCAUAUGCAGGGCGAUUGCAAAAAGUUGACAUGCGGCGUAUUCUGCCCGAAGCUAGAGCCAGCCCACCGCGAAUUGGUGGACUGUUGCCGGAGUCUCGCGUGA